UUUUGAAACUAGAGGAAGAUAAGGAGGACUUUUACAAAAAAGUAUUAGAGAUUGUUGUCCAGAAGGAUAGCAUGGACUUCAUCUUCAAGUGAUCCCCUGUGCAGAUAAGGGUCAUUCCAUUGCACAGCAGACAAAACUUGUGAAACAAAUAAUAUCAUAUUAUUAUUAAACAUGAAUUACACUGAAUAACUUCCUGAAAUGAGACACCAAUACACUUUUGAGUAGAAAACCCCCCAGCUCAGUGCCCCACCCCACCCCCACCUCGGACUCCCACACUGACCCGCCAACUGUUCAAUACAUUCCCGCAUGCAGGUCAGAAAGGCUCCGGCCGCCGACACUGAAACUGUUAAUUGCAGAUUGUUUUGUAAUCGGUUUCCAAAACGUCCAAUCAGAACAGCUGGUCGGCGUCACAUGACACAUAUUUUACGUAACCGUUUUUUCCCUCCUGCGACGUUCCAUUGAGAAUAAUAUGGACCUUCCAGGACUACAUCAUGAGCCAGCACUGUAGUCAGCCAGUACUUCCAGCAGCAGACGAGUGAUCAGACAUUGGUUAAGGACUUCUGAAACUGUUGGUCAUGAGGACAGAUAGUGAGAGUAUGCUUCAGCUUGCAGCGGAGGCUUUCCAGUCGAAAAACUUCGACCUAGCUGCAGAUAUCUACGAGUGCCAACUAGCGGGUCUGAGAGAUUCAGGGAGCCGGCGGCAGGAGCUGAUGGUGAAGCGGGCUGACGCGCUCGCUUUCGGGGGCAAAUUCUCCGAAGCUCUAGAUAUGUACCGACAAGCCUCGGAGACAGACAGACUGGGACCGGUUCACCUGAGCAACCUCAUAGACUACCUGGCGAGUAAUAUCAGAAGGCAAGCCGGGGGGCACAGGACCCCGAGCAGGGCAGGUGAGGCAGGGGCGGAGGCGGGAUGCCCGGGAGUCGGUGCUACAGGUUUCGAACAGUUCUCCUGCCGGAUAUGUCUGAGCUUUCUGUUCGAACCGGUGACUCUGCCGUGCGGACACUGCUUCUGCAAGAAGUGUCUGGAGAGGGAGAGGAAGGAGAAGGAGCGGCCGGGGGUCUGCAGAGAGUGCCGGGCCAGCACCGGGGAAGAGGAGGUCCAGAGUUACCGGGUCAACGUGGUGCUUAGCAACCUGCUGGCCAAGUGGUUCCCGACCCCGCACCAGGCCGGCCGGCUGCGGCGGGAGGGCAACGCGCUGUACGCCGAGAGGAGGCUGGAGGCAGCACUGGAGAAAUACAACCAAGCCAUAAUGAUAGCACCCAUGGACCACAUACUGUUCAGUAACCGCUCCCAGAUCCACUCCAGUCUGAGACACCAUGAAAAGGCUCUGAGAGACGCAGAGACGACCUGCAGACUCAGGCCUCACUGGUCCAAGGGUCAUAUCCGUAAGGCGCAGGCUCUGGUGUCUCUGGGCAGGACGGAGGAGGCUCUGAGGGAGAACCUGCUGUGUCUGUCCAUAGAGCCCGACUGCAGACUGGCCAAGACCGAGGCUCACAAGCUCCUCAGUGAUCUCCUGGCUCCGGUUACAGAUCAGGUCCCUGAACACAUCUCCGACUACACCAACAUACUUUCUUUAAGAGCUCACAUCAAGAACAGCAUCACCACGCCCUCCCAGAUGUUCAAUCCCAGCCUCAUGUCUCUGGCACCUGAGAGAUCAGACGUUGGUGACGGCAAAGGUCAGAUGAAGCCUGAAGUCAGGAGUCCGGACCACAGUUUCCACCUUAAAAGAAAAUGGAGCAGCACAGAGGAGAAGGGAGGACAGGAGGGAAGAGGAGAUCACAAGAGAGCAAAAUCUGAGCCAGCAGAAGUUAAGAAUCUCAUGAGUUCUGCAGAUGUCUUGGACCCGACAGAUCUGGAGUGUUCUCUUUGUAUGAGACUUUUCUACGAGCCGGUGACGACGUCGUGCGGUCACACGUUCUGUCUUCGCUGUCUGGAGCGAUGUAUGGACCACAACCCAAAGUGUCCGCUCUGUAAAGAGGAGCUCUCAGAGUUCCUGGUCCAGAGGCAGUACUGUAAGACAGUGCUAAUUGAGAAGCUCAUCUUGAGGUAUUUCCCCUCAGAGCUCAAAGAGAGACAGAAAAUCCACCAGGACGAGAUGGCAGAGCUCUCCAAUCUGAACAAGAACGUGCCUAUAUUUGUGUGCACCAUGGCCUUCCCCACUGUGCCGUGCCCUCUCCAUAUCUUCGAGCCCUGCUACAGACUGAUGAUCCGCCGCUGCAUCGAGGCGGGAACCAACUGCUUUGGCAUGUGUCUGGGAAACGACCUCAAAGGGUUUGCAGACUACGGGUGCUUGUUGGAGAUUCGGGAUGUGCAGUUCUUCUCCGACGGCCGCUCAGUUGUGGACACCAUCGGCAUGCGGAGGUUUAAAGUCAUCCAGCACCGCGAGAGGGACGGAUACAACACAGCUGAUAUAGAGUACCUGGAGGAUGUAAAGGUGGAGGGCGUGGCGGAGCGUGAGCUGCAGUCUCUACACGACUCGGUGUACGACCAGGCCCUGGUGUGGGUCAACUCCCUGAAGAAGGAGCAGAGGGAACGCAUUGAAGGUCACUUUGGACCCAUGCCUCAGAAAGACUCUAAACUUCAGGACAGCCCUAACGGCCCCCUGUGGUGCUGGUGGCUGCUAGCAGUUCUUCCGUUGGAGGGCCGAGCCCAGCUUCCCUUCCUGGCCCUCACCUCUCUGAAGGAUCGCCUCAGUGGCAUCCGCAAGGUGCUUCUGUUCAUGGCUCACAGCAGGCUCCGGUGACAUGUUCCAUACUCAGCGUUCACCAUGCCUGGAUAAUGCAGUAACCCCCCACCCCUGCAAACAAAACCCCCUCCUCACCGUCCUGCAGUGGACCUGCUGUUCUUCCUCUUUUUGGAUGCACAUAAAACUGUUGCACCUUCCUUGAUGUAGCGCCAUGGACUCAUCUUCACGUCAAAGAUUGUUGAUUGUUAUACAUCGAUAUCUUCCACUCGUGACAGCUAUGUUCAGACAGGACGGGGAACAUCCAAAACGACUGAUUCAAAAACAAUCUUCAACCUCCAUUGUUACAUUUCUUGUCGCUGUUACAAUACGCACAUAAUAUAGUGAUACGUUUUUGUCCGACAGACAACAAACUGUGGUGCUCAUAUGUGUUUUUUCUCCAAUGUUGCCUUUUUGGCCUUCCUCCAUUUUGUAAGUCUUAUGCUCUUCCUCUUGUGUAAAUAUUGUUGAAAACAACAAACUUUUCAGACUAUGAUUCCUCCUGUCUGAACAUAGCUUCAAAGCAAACUCCUGAGAAAAGACUUACACAUUCAUGCAAGGGGCGAAUGUACAUUCAAAUUCUGCAAGACACCAAGCAUGAAUUUGCCUUUUUGUGUAAAUAAACUCACUUCUGUUGCAUCAUAAUGCUAAUUCAGACAUAAUUCAUCGGUAUGCCCAUUUCUAAUUGAAUACAUCUGCAGUUAAACCAAUGUGUUUCCCUUUUUACUAUAACUUUAAAUCUUUUUUUGGGCUGCUAUUCUGUCUUCCCUCCGUCAUUCUGAUCCCUGCCUAACUCCAUCUAAUGCAGCUGAGUAACAUUUUGACAAAGGCGUGCUUUGAGGCAUUAGGCGCGUUCACACCACAGUACUUUUCCCACUUUAGUUCCGAUAUAGUUCAGAAAUGUUGCGUUCACACCAAAAAGAGCUGGAACUAAAAUGAUCAUUCAUCAGAACUUUUUUACCCCCUUUUCCGUCCCUGCUAGAGAGCAGGUACUUUCGUGGGAGAAAAAGGUUCCUAUGUCUGAUUGGCUGGGCGGAUUGCAAACCACGCCCUGUAAAACUCCCCAAAAAGUUUUGUGAAGCCGCCAUUUUAUUAUCCUCGCAUUAGCAUUAGCAUUAGCCCAGCGCAGAAACGCAGAGAGACUAACUCAUGGCAACACAAAAGAAAACAUGGGAGCGGUUCAUGAGAACUAAAGAGUUCUCAUGAACUAAGUUCUGAUUAACCUUUGUGGGAAAAGUACUGCGGUGUGAAAGCGUAUUGUGUUUUAUUUAUCAAUUUGUGUCUUAUUUGUCAUCAUUAUUUAUUUGGCGUUAUUUAUGCAUGUAGUGACAUUGUUUACAUUUGAGAGAAAGGGAUGUUGAGCUGCUUAUUUUCCAAAGGCUUUGAAAAAAGAUAUAAACAUUUCACCCCAUAAAUCAUCGAUAAUACCCAGGUAUCUGUGGGGUGUAAUUACUAAAACACUAUUAUACAACCAAACAACAUGGCUGCCAUUAAAGCACUGACCAGUAAGCUGUAGUUGGGGGAGGACUCUCUUCCAGGCCUCACCUUUUUAGAUCACUGGUGACCAGUGUUGGGCAAGUUACUUUUAAAAAGUAAUAGUUAUAGUUACUGCUCUCAAAAAAGUAACUAGUUAUUUUAUUAGUUACUAAAUUGUAAAAGUAACUAGUAACAAGUUACUUUACUUUAAAAAUAAUAACAAUAAAAAUACAAGUUUUUGUGUUGUUCUGUGGCACAGUAAGAGAAAAGACAACUCCCCAUCAUUGUAGCAAUUAUCAUUAUGAAAUAGUGGAACAAUAAAACACAAAAGUGCGAUUUAAAAAGACUUGGCUGUUUAGAUGGGUCAUUGCCGGUGGUUGAGACGGUGGGGUCUUUGGCGACUAGUUGUUUAGCCCCAUGUACAUUACUUAGGUGCUUCAGGAGAUUGGCAUUUCUGUUUUUCGAUGUGGACAAUGCUUUCUGUCCUGCACACAGUUCACAUUUUACCGUAAUAUUUGUUGUGUCCUUUAUCCCCACAAAUUGAAAAUAGUGGUUAUAUUUCCAAGUUGCAAAUGCGCUGCUGCUCUCGCUGAUACUUUCCCCAUAAGGCAAGACCCGCCCAACUCUGUCUCUGAUUGGCUUACCCUGAAACGUUACCCCGCGUGAACCAAUCAUCACUCCUCUCUGGUUACUUUCACUUUUCCAUGGUACUGUGAGAAAACAUCGCUGUAUUCGCCUGUAAAUUACAUCCGCAGGGAGAUUCGGUUCAGUUCCAUCACAUAAUGUAACGCAGUAACACACCCAUUUAAAUUACAGUAACUAUAACGGCGUUACUUAAUGGGAAUAAGUAACUAGUAACUUUGUAACGCGUUAGUCCCAACACUGCUGGUGACACAAUCCCCCCACAAUCUGAGACAUCUCAAAUGUUGAUUUAUUUGAAUUCCCUCUUUAUAGCAGAGACACAGUAUUGCAGAGAGCAACACCUUGAUUUUUGAUUCCAUUAUGUCCUACAUUUAUUUAUUCUGACUUAUUUUGCACUUCCACUUUGAGUAAGGGAAAGAAAUGCCUCAACAUUUGGAUUACCACAUAAUGAAGUGUAUUCUUUUGUGUGGUGAGCAUCAUGUAGCAGGCCAACUAUACUGCAAAAGAGCUCUGAUUUGAUGACUUUGAUUGAUGUGUGCUAUGAGUAAAGGCCAGUGCCUUCUGUCCACAAUGAGAAAGAAGUGUGGAACCUUUUUGUAUUAAGUACUACAUACCAUUUGAAGGUGUAUUUCCCAUUGUUAUUGGCAUGUAUGCAUUAAAAGCAUGACUUCCACAGUAUGGGAAUACAAUAACAUGUGAAAAGGAUGUGGUAUGAAAACAUAUUGAGGCCUUGCUGCUGUCUGUGACAUGACUGUUUCUACAUGGCUAAAGCUAAUCUCUGGAAGAAUGCAAGAGAUUGAUGAGCUUUGCCUUCAAAUCUUUGAUUUUGUAAACAUGUGUUUGAUGUUUCUAUCAAUAGGUUUUUUUUUGUUUUAUAAUUGUGUAAAUUGUUGUGUAAGCGCACAGAGAUUAUCAGUCAAUUCAUCCACAUUUAUAAUUUUCUAUUACCAUGGCCAUGUAAUGCUAAUAAAUGGAUCAACGGA